GUGAGAGAGGACAUUGCUGCUGUUGCGAGGCCAACAAUGGAUUCCAUGCCAGUGUUGUUGCUGCAGCAGCACCGCCCGCUUCUUCCUCUUCUUCGUCCUCGCUGCUCCCUCAGUAGUUACAUUGCCCCCUUCGCACAUUGCCGCUCCAGCUACUCCGGACUGGAAGUCUCUCUUUUGGACGUACACCGUGGUGCUGGCGGGUUUUACACAAGUGGCAACAGGGUUGGGAUUUCUUUGACCUUUUCUUCAUCUAGGUUCGGAAUUUCGGGUCGAUUUUCGGCGCUUGGGUGUGCGGGUGAUGUUGGAGCAUCCUCAGGGGGGAGCUCAGGGUUGGAGAGGAGUGUAGGGUUCGGAUUUGGGCGAGCGCGGAGAGAGGGUUCAAUGUCGGGUUCGGGUGCUUCAGGAACCACAGUUCCUCAAGCCACGGCAUCAAGCUAUGGCUGGAACCCGCAACAUGUCAUUGUUGUUGGAGGUGGUGUGAUCGGAUGCUGCACGGCGUACUUCCUGGGAAAGCUAGGGGCUAAGGUGACCGUGGUAGAAAAAACAGAAAUUGCUUGUGCAGCUUCGGGCAAGGCCGGCGGAUUCUUGGCUUUGGAUUGGUGUGAUGGUAGUGCAGUUCAAGAUCUUGCGCGCGCGAGUUUUGCACUGCAUGAACAGUUGGCAAAAGAGCUCGAUGGCGAGAGCUAUGGCUACCGGCGGGUUGGGGCUCUCAGUGUGAGCGUGGAGGAGCCACGUAACCCAAAGCAAGUAUCUGAGCCAGCUCCGAAGCUCGGCACGCCUGGCUGGAUCGAUGGCUCCAUCAAAGGGUCUCCUUCCACCAUUGGCACUACCUUAACCAACGCUCAGGUGCAUCCUCAGCUCUUCACCAGGGCAGUCUUCUCGGAAGCUCAAGAGAAAUAUGGGGCUUCUUUGCUGAUAGGUGGAGUGCAGGAAGUGAAAGUAGAAGGCAAGAGAGUGACGGGAGUGGUUGUUGACGGGAAGCUUAUCACUGGAGAUGCCGUUGUGUUGGCCAUGGGACCAUGGUCAAGCCGCAACCCGCUGAUCUCCUCCCUCACCACCGUCAGUGGCUUGAAAGCUCACAGUAUUGUGCUCCUGCCGAAGGACCCCAAUGCAAUCUCGCCUCAUACCCUGUUUCUCAAGUAUAAGACGAGGGAGGGGAAAUCAAUAGACCCUGAGAUUUACCCGCGAGGCACAGGAGAAGUCUACGUGUGUGGGAUGUCAGAGGAAGUGGAGGUGCCUGAAGACGCCCGGGAGAUCUUACCUAGAACCGAGUCUACGGCGAUGCUGCGAAGAGUGGCAGCCACAGUAUCCAGCCAUUUAGUCGAUGCGGAGCUGUCAGUUGCGCAGGCGUGUUUCUUGCCUUGCUCCGAAGACAAUGUGCCUGUGAUUGGGAAACUGCCCUGCUUGGAAAACGCAUAUGUGGCUACUGGGCACAGCUGUUGGGGUAUUCUCAACGCUCCAGCGACUGGGGCUGCAUUGGCUGAGCUCAUUGUGGACGGUGUUCCCAAAACCUGCAGUCUCAAGGCUUUUGAUCCUUCUAGAUUUUCAAGGCUCAGGUCUCGUCGGUAGCAUGUAUUCCGUAUCACUGAUCUAAGUAACGUGUCUGUAAAUUUAUGCCUGAGUAGUGCAAUGAACGUGUACAUCAUCAUUUAGCUGAUCCCAUUUCCAUGUCAUUUUCUUUUGUGAAAUGACUUUGUAACUGAUCUUGUCAAGUCUUCCCUUUUUGUUAAAUACAACCAUUAUACUUGUUUUAUUUAUCA